GCGCGUCUCCCCGCGGCGGCUGGCCGCCCGCCCCCGCGCAUGGGCGCCCCGCCGCAGGGGGCCUGACCCCCGCCGCCCGCCCCGCCAUGGCGACCCGCACGCCCCCCGCCGCACCUGCGGCCGAAGAGCCCGGGGGCCCUGGCGGCCCCCCGCGCAGGAAGAAGUCCCGUUCCGGCGCGUCCGGCCUCCGCCGCGCCUUCAGCUGGCUGCGGGGCAAGCGGCGCAAGAAGAAGGCGGCGGGGGCCGAGGGCGCCGAGUCGGCCGCCCCCCGGGCCAAGAAGGCCGAUGACAAGGCCAGGAAGGCCAAGGGUAAAGGCAGAGGCUCUGCCAAAGCUGAGAGCGACAAACGACUAAGUGUGGGGCCUGGCCAGGGGCCAGGGUCUGUGGUGGAUGAGCACCAGGACAAUGUCUUCUUCCCGAGUGGGCGACCGCCUCACCUGGAAGAGCUGCACACACAGGCCCAGGAGGGGCUCCGUUCCCUACAACACCAAGAAAAACAGAAACUGAACAAGGGUAGCUGGGACCAUGGAGAUACCCAGAGCAUUCAGUCCUCCCGGACAGGGCCGGAUGAAGAUAGCAUCUCCUUCUGCAGCCAGACCACAACCUACACGGCUGAGAGCUCCACAGCAGAGGAUGCUCUCUCCAUCCGCUCAGAGAUGAUCCAGCGCAAAGGCUCCACCUUCCGACCCCAUGACUCAUUUCCCAAAUCAUCUGGAAAGUCGGGACGGCGGCGGCGGGAACGGCGGAGCACGGUGCUGGGACUGCCGCAGCAUGUGCAGAAGGAACUUGGCCUGCGAAGUGAGCGUGAGGCACCAGGUGCUCCUCGACCUCAUGGUCCACGGGAUGCUGUACGCAUUCCCACAGUGGAUGGCCGCCUGGCGGGCCUGGCCUCAGGGUCAGGGGCCCGGGUGUCUCUGCAGGCUCUGGAGGCAGAGGCGGAGGCCGGUGCUGAGGCUGAGGCCGUGCUCCAGCACCACAUUGACCGUGUCUACCGGGAUGACACCCUUGUUGGCAGGUCCACGGGGGUACGGCCCCCACCAGUGAUCCGACCCAUGUCCCUAGCGGUGCCUGGACUGACAGGGGGGGCAGGGCCUCCAGAGCCCUUGAGCCCGGCCAUGUCCAUCUCACCCCAGGCCACCUACUUGUCGAAACUGAUCCCGCAUGCUGUACUGCCACCCACAGUGGAUGUGGUGGCCCUGGGCCGCCGCAGCCUGCGCACACUGAGCCGGGGCAGCCUGCUGUCGGCCAGCCCGGCCUCUGUCCGCUCGCUGGGCCUCUUCUCCUCGGCUUCUAGCCCACGGCCCCACAGUCGUCAUCCGUCCUCCUCCAGUGACACCUGGAGCCACUCUCAGUCCUCUGAGACCAUUGUGUCUGACGGCUCCACCCUUUCAUCCAAGGGUGGCUCAGAGGGCCGGCCUGAGGGCUCUGUGACCAGCAGUAGUGUGGCGCCUCCUCCCCAGGGGGGCAGUGGGAGGGGCUCUCCCAGUGGAGGCAGCACUGCUGAGGCCUCAGACUCUGUCAGCAUUCGGAGCAGUGGGCAGUUGUCUGGCCGGAGUGUGUCUCUACGUAAGCUAAAGCGGCCUCCCCCACCUCCCCGCCGGACCUACUCACUCCAUCAGCGGGGCUCAGCAGCACCCGAUGGGCCCCUGGGGCUGCCCCCCAAGCCUGAGCGGAAGCAGCAGCCACAGCUGCCUAGGCCGCCCACCACUGGGGGAUCAGAAAGGAUGGGGGCAGCACCCCGUGCACCCGACUCAGCAGGCAGCUGGGUGCCAGGUUUGUCUCCAGGUGGCUCCCGGCGCCCCCCACGCUCCCCAGAACGGACACUCUCACCCUCCAGUGGAUACUCAAGCCAAAGUGGUACCCCUACCCUUCCUCCUAAGGGUCUAGCAGGGGCCCCUGCCUCCCCAGGCAAGGCCCAGCCUCCUAAACCAGAUCGUGUCACUUCCCUUCGAUCUCCUGGGGCCUCUGUCUCCUCCUCCCUCACAUCUCUGUGUUCCUCCUCUUCGGACCCAGCCCCUUCAGACCGUCCUGGUCUACAGAUGUCAGCCACCCUGGGUGACAGGUUUGUCAUACCCCCUCACCCUAAGGUGCCUGCCCCCUUCUCCCCACCGCCCUCCAAGCCCAAGAGUUCUAACCAAGCUGCCUGUGUACUGGCUGUCGUUGGGCCUGUCCCUACCACUGAUGCCAGUCCUGAGUCCCCUCCCACUCCCCAGACAUCCGUGACCCCAGCACGGGAGUCUCCCAUUGCCUCUAAAGACCUGUCACCCCCACCAUCCCCACCCCCAUCUUAUCAUCCACCCCCACCACCCACCAAGAAGCCAGAGGUGGUUGGGGAGGCCCCAUCUGCUCCAGAGACUGCUGAGGAGUUGCUUCAAGAUCCCAGCUGGCCCCCACCGCCGCCUCCUGCACCCGAGGAGCAGGACCUGUCCAUGGCUGACUUUCCCCCACCCGAGGAGGCCUUUUUCUCUGUGGCUGGCCCUGAGCCUGCAGGCUCUUUAGAGCCCCCAGGGCCUGUCAGGUCUCUGGCUGCCCUGCCCUCCUCAGCUACUGUCUCUUCCCAGAGCCAGCACCAUGGCACCCCAGACACUUCUCCAGCUCUGCCAGCCCCACCUCCUGCUGCUUCUGUCACAGGGCUUCCGCCCAAACUCCCGCUAAAGGAAACAGUGGACUGCAGCAAGGGCAGUGGGGCUCCCAGGGAGGAUGCUGGUGCGCUGCUAGUCACGCCCUCACUCCUGCAGAUGGUUCGGCUCCGCUCUGUGGGUGCGCCCACAGUGGCACCAACCCCAGCUUCAGGGCCAUCAGCCCCCCAGAAGCCGCUACGAAGGGCCCUGUCAGGGCGGGCCAGCCCAGCACCUGCCCUCUCCUCAGGGCUUCAUGCUGCCGUGCAACUCAAGGCCUCCAGUCUGGCCGCCAGUGAGGACCCCAUGAGUGCCCAGCCCAAUGGACCGCCUGAGAUAAAGCCACGGUCUCCACAGUCCCCAGCCUCUACAGCUAGCUUCAUCUUCUCCAAGGGCACUAAGAAGAAGCAGGUGGAGCGGCCCGUGUCCCCUGAGACCCAGGCUGACCUCCAGCGGAAUCUGGUGGCUGAACUUCGGAGCAUCUCAGAGCAACGGCCACCCCAGGCCCCAAAGAAGCCACCUAAGGCCCCACCACCUGUGGCCCGCAAGCCCUCUGUGGGAGUCCACCCGCUCUCCUCCCCUAGCUUUCCGCCAGCUGAGACCCUUACUGCUCCUCCCACCAACGGGCUCCCUCAUGCUGAGGACAGGACUAAGGGGGAGCUGACAGAGAAUGGAGGUGUCAUGCAGCUGAUGGGCCCAGAGCAGCAGCAGCUGGGCCUGCCCGGCUCAGACCUACAGAAAGAGCUGGUCUGACCACAGGCACCUCAGACACUGCUGACCCAUCCCAGGAUUACAAUCUCAGGGACCUGAGCAGCUCCAAGGAUGAGAGGAUAUGGCAGACACUUAACCUGAUAAGAGAGGAUGCCUGCAGCCUUAACCUUCAUGCCUUUGAUAUUUAUGCAAGCCUGGUGUUGAUCCUGUCCUCCAAGUCAUCCAGCUCUCAUGCCUUUUCCUGAAUGGAUUCAUCUCUGGUAGCUGCCACUUCAGCCUUGGCCUUAGCCUCAUCUGGAAAGAGGUAGCUGGAGGGAGUGGGUGGCUGCGCCCCCUGCUGGCCCUGAGGCCACAGAGUUGGGAGCAGAACACCUCAUCUGAAUUCAUUUUUUUUUUCAUGUCCAAAUCAUGCACAUACUGUAGUCCAGAAUGAAAGCACUUUUGAAAAGCAGCUGCAUGUCCAUCCUCCAGGGCCCGUGAAGCCACAUUCUAAGAGCCUGUUUACAUGGCAGCAGCGUCAAUCCCUGGUAGCCGGCCCAUGUCUGGGACCAAUCUAUCCCCUCUCUCUGAUCCAGCUUGCUUCUUUUUCUUAGUUCUUGGAGGAGGGCCAGUCAUUGUUCCCAUAGGCUUCUCCAGGCUGAAGGCAGGGGCAGGGCUGUGAAAUUCCAAAGCACAAAAGGUGCAGCAGGGGUUAGCCUUCCUGUGCCUCAACUUACCAACCACCUGCCUGCCUUCUAGUUCUGCCAGGUGCUCUGUGCAGGGAACCAGGAGUGGGAGACUGCCAGGGAGGCCCAUGGCUCUGUCUGUCUUCGGAGAGCAGGAAAACAGAACAGGGAGCCAUCUUGGCAGGCAUUUGGUAAUGCCAAGCAUCUGCCCCUUAUUUUACUUGAGCAGGCUGGGGUGGGCAGGCACAUUUCAGAGGCAGGAGCCUACGGGUGGUGGCAAGCUGUGUCCCUUUUAGCUGAGCAGUAAAUUCUGAGGUAGAUGGAGGGGAGGGUCUGGCAGAAGGGAGAGCUUGUUUGGGCAGUGGGCCCAAAUUUGGCUCUACAGAUGCUAUUCUCUGACCUCUCUACUCUGGCACAUGGCCUUUCAGCACAGGUGAUUAUCCACUGUGAGGAAUGGGGGCUGAUGUGGAGUGACAAGGAUGAGAAGCCAAAGGUGCAUCUGUUGCAGACUUUUCCCUAGUUAGGGAGGAGGCACUCAGUGCUCCUAGGGAGCAGGCCGGGUAUUUGCUCCCUAGACAUUGGCCUCUGCUACUGAUUUCCAGGAAUUUUAACCACCUGUUUUCAGCCUGUGCCAUCUAUCUAGCUGGCUUCCCCACUGGCCCCUGUGGCUCCACAGGGGUGGCCCUGGUGCUUCCUUCCACAGCAGCAUAGCUGCCACUAGGGCAACCCCUUUCUGUUUUGAUCCUCUUUUCUCAAUAGUGGCUUGGGCUUGCGCCUGGCAAGGAACCUUGCUCUAGCUGCUUCUGUGGAGGAGAUUGACCCCCUCCCAGAACAAGAGCUGGGAACACAGGGGAUGUGGUACAAGAGCCCAGGUUUCUCUGACCCUCUCACUACCGUCUCCUUCCUGUAGCUGUAAACCAAUGUUCUCCCCUUACCCUUUGGGUAAUAGGGAGCUGCUGCUGGGUACACUAGGGAGAACUGUCAGUAAGCACUUCUCUGCUCAGAGUUUCUGAUGCAGCCCCCUGGGAACCAGGACCAGGCCAGAGCCCCCUGAAACCAGGCCCUUGGAGCUGCUGGAGGGAGAGGGAGCUCAAUUUCUGGGUCUCUUUCCCUCCCCUCCCCUCCCCAGGUUACUCCAGCUCCUUAUCCUCAGAAUCUUCUGAGCUUGUUUGUCCUCUAGGGUAACUGAGUGUGACCUAGUGCAAACGGAGAGACCAAAAGCCUCUGAUUUUUAAUUUCCGUAAAAACGUUAGAGAUUGAAGUACAUGUAUGUAUACAUAUAUAUAUAUGUGUAUAUAUAUAUAUUUCUUUAAAUUUUUGAGUCUUUGAUAUGUCUAUACAAACAAUCCAUUCCCUCUGCCCUGAAGCCUGAGACACAUAAAAAGGCUGUGUGUGUGUGUCAUUCAAAGGUGUUAAAUAAUUAAAUGAUUAAAACUUG